AUGACAGCCGACGAUCUCGGCGACACAGCUGCUGAAGUUAUCCAGGAAAUACAGGAGCUAUACAGCGGCGACUACGUGGGUUUGGCUACAGCAAUACGCUGGGUGUCUGAAUACUUCCAAGCCAUCCUUAUCUUCGACUAUAUCCUUACCUCGGGCCGUGAGAUCGAGUUGUUCUGGAAACGGCGCGUGUCUGGUGCCACUAUCCUGUUCAUCUGCAAUCGCUAUCUUUCUCUUGUCUCCCAGAUCUUGACACUAAUUUCGUAUCGCGCGUUCACCGAUAAGGUCAUUCCUCCUGCUGCGUUUUCCGCUAUGCGCGCGUUGGCUUUGAGCAAAAGUCGGCCGCUCGCAAUCCUGGUCUUCUUGCUUUCUAUUGUGAACGUGGGCUUCGACUUCGGUACGUUUCAAUACCAAACAGGCAGCGUCAGCGAUCCAGUUUGGGGGUGCCUGGUGGAUGACGUUCCGUUCUCGCAGGCUCUGCUGAUAUCGGGCGAAGUGCUUUCUCGGUCGCUCCUUAUCCUCGCAGACGGGAUCCUCAUCUUCCUCACAUGGAAGACGCUGCGCCCUGCAGGAACGACAGGAGACUACCGUGGCGUGGUGUAUUUCCCGCAAACGUUUGCUCACAUCAUGCUGCAUAACGCUCCUCCGCCUGGCCACAUCAUUGAGCUCGACAAUAUCCCCCAAGGAACCUCGAUCAUCGCCAUUUCAGCGACCCGUAAGUCGAAAGGCGGUGCCACAUCUCACCGCCGAGCUCAGACCUCCCGUCUCGUUCACGCCAGCCUCACCGCGAUUUUCGUAUCGCGCUUCCUCCUCGACCUCCAGGAGGCCCAUCAGCGCACGGUCAAAGUCGCCUCGGACGAUCCGCUCCGCUCGUCUGCCUCCGACUUUCGGGUCGGGAUAGGGUCUCUGCGCGUCGCGGUGGAUGCUAUCGGGUCUUUAGGCGCGGAUCUCCGGAUCUUGGGCGAAGAAGGCGAACGAGGGGGCGAAGUCGACUCUCCGGCACCAGGAGCCGGGGCCGACUCAUGGGAGACGCGAGAGGACGUGGGGCGCGAAGAGUAG